CAGCUUUUACAUAGCAAACAAACCGCAAAGAAAAAAAAAUCCUCUCCACCUCUCCACGCAUCAUGGCGCCGCGUAACAAGAGCUUCCUGAUCGCUUUGCUCGUCGCCGCCUUGGCCGUCUCCCUGCACCUGCAGCCAUCAGCGGCGAUCAGGAUCCCAGCACUGAUCCCUUGCAUCCCAGGCCUUCCAAAAAUCCCGUUUAUCCCCUGUUACGACGUCGAACCAUCGCCGCUACCGCCGCCGCUGAAAACUCCAUCGGAGUGCCGAACUCCGUUGAUGAAGCUGAUGCCGUGCGCAGGCUACCUCACCAACGCCAGUGUGUCGAAGCCUCCCAGCGCCUGCUGCCAAGGCUUCGAUUCCAUCGUUAACAGCGGAGACGGAGAGGGCAUCUGCCUUUGCCACGUUGGGAACGGCGAUAUUGGCCAGCUUUUGCCGGCGCCCCUGAACAUCGCGCGCAUCUUCAGGCUCACGCCAGAUUGUGAUAACGAUAUACGAUUGGAAGAAUUUGCUGAGUGUAACAUGAAUGACGUGCCGCCGAUGACUCCAUCGUCACCGGGAAAGGUGGCGCCACCACCAGCAUCUUAAUUAAGUAAGGAAUUGAAGUAGCGGCAGGAGCUUAGAUGCAUUCUGUCACGGGAAAUAAUAAAAUUACGGAUUGGAGAUGGCUGUGCCUUUCUACAUAGGAGUACAAGUAAAGUGUAUUAGGUUUAUUAUACGGUUUCAAUCAUAUUCCACCUUGGUUAAUUAGGAUGUUUCAGUUAUACACGCCACCACCAGGCGCCCCA